AAAAACGGCAGAAUGGAGACUGAAAAGAAUUUAAUAGCAGAUUCGUCAGACAGCAAAACAGUAAGUGAUUUAAUUGUGAAAUAUACGGACGCCAGCUUUGAGAAAGCAAAGAGCUCCAGUGAGGCACAACGCUUGUCUUGCCUCACAACAUCUAUGCGUAAUUUUGGGCAUGUUGAUGCUCUGUUUGGUGCAAAUAACGCCAGCAGAACGGAUAUAGUUGCUCUUGACAAUUCAUUUACUACGAACAGCGAUCGCUCGGAAGAACUGCUGAAAUUCGAACCUGGACCAUGGACUGACAUAUCGGAUAAAAUAUACCAACUUAAAGACACGGUAUCUUCUGAAAGUUUGGAGAACUCUGGGGGAUCCGCACCAUCAACACACGGGCUGUGCAAGUUCAUCAAAGACGAGAACGAGCCGUCUCUGAUUAUGGAGCCUUCAUGUACUGAUUUCGAUCUAGAGUCAAAUAUCAAUACCCUGGAUGCGUAUGAACCUGCUCGGAGAAAACUUGGGGAGCCGUUUGGCGUUCUUGAGGAGGCGACGGACGUUCUCCCUUCCGCCGCAAGCCAACUGGUAGUAACGGACAGUUCGUCCAACCUUUUAAUCGACGUGAAUCAGUCUAAUGCGUUAGCCUCGAUCACCCAAAUAAGGGCUGAAUCGCGGAGCGUGCCUCCAGUACCCGGUAAGAACGUGCUAAAUUUCGAAAUCCUGAAUGCCCCGUCGCCGCAGCAUUUGUUAAUGUGCAAGAGCGAGGUGCCCAGGUGGUCAAUGCAACCGUCGCCCGUGGACUCGCAGUUCUGGUGCCAGGCCACCAGUGCGAGCGAGGACCAGCAGCUUCAAACCGGCUUUUCCUCACCGGAUGGAUUCCACAACUCGGGCUUCAUUCAGCGCUCACCAACGGCUUUCAGCACAUUUCCAGGUGUGCCACCGCAGAGGAUGUGUGUAAUAUGCGGGGACGAGGCCUCGGGUUGUCACUAUGGAGUUCUUACGUGUGGAAGUUGCAAAGUGUUCUUCAAGAGGGCUGUAGAAGGACAUCAUAACUAUCUGUGUGCUGGGCGCAAUGAUUGCAUCGUGGAUAAAAUCCGAAGGAAGAACUGCCCGGCUUGCCGCCUUAGAAAAUGCUACCAGGCUGGGAUGAUGCUUGGAGGUCGCAAGAUGAAGCGGUUUGGGAUUCUGAAGGCCAUGGGGUUGGGACCACCCAUGAUGUUCCAGGGUCCGCUGGCUCUGACGACCGAGGGCCACAGCUUGGCCCCCCUGCCGUGUGUGCCCACUAUCCGAGAGCUCCAGCUCAGUCCUCAGAUCAUCAGCAUCCUGGAGAACAUCGAGCCCGAAGUGGUCUACUCCGGCUACGACAGUUCCCAGCCAGAGCUACCACACUUGCUUCUGAAUAGCCUGAACAGGCUAGGGGAGAGGCAGCUCCUCUGGAUUGUCCGGUGGUCCAAGUCUUUGCCGGGUUUUCGCAAUUUACACAUCAAUGACCAGAUGACCCUAAUCCAGUACUCUUGGAUGAGCCUGAUGCUCUUUUCUCUGGGAUGGAGAACCUUCCAGAAUGUCUCCGCUGAUUACCUGUAUUUUGCUCCUGACCUGGUUUUCAGUCAAGAGCAGAUGAGGCGAUCUCCGAUUCAUGACCUGUGCUUGGCCAUGCAGUUUAUACCCCAGGAGUUUGCAAACCUGCAGGUGACCAGAGAGGAGUUUCUGUGCAUGAAGGCCCUACUGCUGCUGAACACAGUGCCUCUGGAGGGCUUGAAGAGUCAGGGUCAGUUUGACGAGAUGAGACAGAAUUACAUCCGCGAGCUCUCCAAGGCCAUCCAGCUGAAAGAGAAAGGAGUGGUCGGCUGCACGCAGCGCUUCUACCGCCUCACCAAGCUCAUGGAUGCCAUGCACGAGAUCGUGAAGAAGGUCAACCUAUACUGCCUAACCACCUUCAUCCAAGCCGACGCCAUGAAGGUGGAGUUUCCCGAGAUGAUGACCGAGGUCAUUGCUUCACAGCUCCCCAAAGUGCUGGCUGGCAUGGUCAGGCCCCUCCUCUUUCAUGGCAAGUGA